AUGAACCAUAUCCAUAAUGUCUACAUUGUAAUAGUUCUAGUGUCUGAAGGAAGACAAGGUAAAAGGAAGAACAAGAGGAGGAUCAUGCGCAUCUUCACCCUGCCCCCAGCCGCCGAGACGCCGCCCGAGCCCAACUUCUACGACAGCAUGAAGAAGAUCCGCCUGCGGCAGCAGCUGGAGAUGUACUCCAUCGCAAGGAAGUACGAACAGCAGCAGCAGCCACCAAAACAGACUGAAAGUGUACAGCUCUCAGUGGAAUGA